AUGAGGAUAGAGUGCAAAGGGUACAUUGUAAGCACUGCGAUUUGGCAUUGGGAUUCAAAUAUGGAGAGGCUCUCAUAUUGGAACGGACACCAAGUAGUGAGUGGAUAUGCAGCAGUGCUACCGGAACCUAUGCCUGGACCUGAACCUAAUGGACAGUUCACUGGUUGUUGCAUCUUCCAACAUCUUAGGAAUGUGAGCUGUUCAACCCUCCUAGAUGAGGAUAGAGUGCAAACGGUUCAUUGUAUGUCCUGCAACACGGCAUUGGGAUUCAAAUAUGUUCAAGUGCCUGCAGCACAACUCUGCUCUCUUGUGCAAAAUGAAAGAUAUAACCUUAACUUGGAGAGGCUCUCAUAUUGGAAUGGAAGACAGAAAGUGAGUGGAUUUGCAGCAAUGCUACCAGAACCUAUACCAGGACCUGAACCUGUAUUUCAACUUGUACCUGAACCAACUCUACUUACCAGGGAUAUUGAUCAACAUCAAGCAUUAAUUGAUAAUAAUGUGAUUGCUCCUCAACCUCAACCACCUAACCCUCCUCAGGGAAAUGGUGAUGAACCACCCGCAGAUGUUGAUGUUGGAGAACAUGCAUCAGAAGCCUGA